AAAUUGCUUCCCCCUUUGCGCAUAUAUAUACACUUUGCCUUGGUCCGUGUCUUCAUCGCAUCUUCAUCCAUCAGCAACAUCAGCACACUUCUGUACGCGUUCUUGUCACAGAGAUUCGCUUAGAUCUGUCUGCCGCCUCAAAGAUCAGCGGGAACAAGACGAUAGAGAUCGAGAUUAUGGCGUCGGCGAGCAGAGCUUGGAUGGUGGCGGCCGCCGUGGGGGUGGUGGAGGCGCUGAAAGAUCAGGGAUUCUGCAGGUGGAACUACACCAUGCGAUCAAUGCACCACCACGCGAAGACGAAACUCAGAUCGUACUCUCAGGCGAGGAAGCUGCCGUCGUCGGCGGUGGUUUCGUCGUCAAGCAAAGCGAAGAAAGAGAGGGCGAAGCGGUCGGAGGAGACAAUGAGAAAAGUCAUGGAUCUCAACUGUUGGGGUCCCAAAUUGUAAGAGCAGUGGGCAUCGGGCGAUCUAUCGAUUUUGUCAUGUUUUGUUGAGUCCAUAGCCGUAUGAAAUGCAAAGAGAAUAUGUAAUUUCUUGGUACCAAAAUUAUAUUAUCUAUUCGUUCAUCCA